AUAAAAUAAUUUUUAUCAAUUAAAUUCUCUAAAAUGAAGUCAUUUUACUAAGAGAUUCGUAUAUCGAUCAUGCAGGUCAUACCGGUGGUGUCACGCCGGUAUUAUGACUGGUACCAGUUGAACCCAGUACAACCGGUGACACGCCGGCCGGCAUGACAACCAUGCUUUCCAUCCAUUACCUUUCGCCCUUUUCAUUAGUAAGUUCAUGUUAAGAGGGACUGAUCAUGGCCUAAAAUAUUCCUAAAACAUAGGUCUUAAUUAACUAGUAUGAAGAUUUUAAGAGUAAUCAUCUUCAUAAAUAUGAAUUACUCAGAUUGUCGCUCGCUUAAGAGUAAUCAUUGAAUAAUAACAAUACAUGUCGAAUUGAGAUGUAUGUAAUUGAUCGAACCACUAAAUAACCAAAAUACUUAGGUGUUAUUUGAUCAAAACAAGCAACACACAACCAGAUUCCAUUCAUACUAUUCUACGGUACCAAUUUCUUGGUCAGCCCUAUUUCUUCCACGUAAAGAAGAAAAGCGUCAACCUUGGAUUUAGGUUAGCACAAGCUUUGCCUCCUACAAUUUUGAUUACUUACAUAUUUAAACUGAUUUUUUUUAAAACAUAUCUUUCUCCCAGCUGAGCAAGAAAUGAUGAGAGAAUGUCUGACCCUGACAAUCUUGACCCAAUCUCUCUCUCACAAACACACUUUCUCUCUCUAAUAUGCAGCCUUUGACCAGAUCUCAGCCAUCCAUUAUUCAUCAAUUUGGGUCACUUUGGUAUCUGCAGAUUCUGUACUUCACUGUGGCAUGGCAUUUCCUACAUAUGAUAAAAGAGACACACUUGAUUAUCAAAUAUGGCACAUGGUUUUAGGAAAAGAUUGGGUGGGUUUUGGAUAAAGGUGGGAUGGGAGGGGAUUCCUCUCCACUUUUAAAAGGACUAAUCUGCCCUUCUGAUUGUGUUUAACAUUAAUCACUAACCCCCAUUGGCUUCCAAUUAUGGGAAGGAUUGACAUUGGGGAGUGGCAUUAAGUAUUAAACUCAUUAACUAAUUAGGAGUCCUCUUGUUAUAAUAUGAAAUGAUUUUGAUUGCUUAUGGAGUGUUAAGUAAUGAAUUUGUCUUUUUCCGGUUCAACCAGUUCCCAUUUUAUUGCAUUAAAACGGAGUAGAAAUCAAAGCAAUCUCUACAAAACCGAUACAACGAGAGGAAGUUUCCAAUGAAUUUGUCUUCUUUUGAAACAACCGUUCAGUUUUGUAUCUGAGUUGAUCACAUUGACUCUUGUGAUGCAUAUGAAAUAAACAUGUAAUAUGACAGAAACAUAUGAUGCACUGCAUGCAAACGUAAAAGAAAUUUAGUAACUCGAUACAAAUAACCAAUUUUUGCAAAGAAAGUAAUUAGGCAAUUAGUAUAGACAUCGAAGAAUAUGAACAAAAAUAUAGAUUUGUAAUAAAUAAUCAUUUAGGUAAACAAAAGGAUAUAUCUACAACAAUACUCCUCCCUUAUAGAGAAAGAUAAAUAAUGGACUGCAAAUUCGUGAGAUUUCAAUCAACCACCACUUUGAAGUCAAUAUUUUGUUGCUUAUACCACUAGAUUAAUGAUCCGUUAAUUAUUUGAUCUAAUUUAUCAAUUCAAUCAAUACAAAUUAAAAAAGUGAAAAAAGCACUAAACAUCCACCAUACUUUUUGAAAGAUGAAGUCCAUCAAAGACUAAGCAACACUAAACACUAGAAACAUUACCAAAUCAAAGGUCAAAAGGGUCAAAAAGAACAGGAGAUAGCUGGACUAUUAUCAAAAAUAGCAAAGGGGGAAAAGAAGGGAAAAAUUAAAUAAAGAGAAGAGCUAAUUUAAAUUGAUAAAAACUCUUCCUUGGGAGAGAUCAAAGAUCCAGUCAUCAUUCAUCAUCCUUCUUCUUCCUUCUUCCCAAGGACCAAAAGGAAAAGGGAAGAGUAUAAUUUAUAGAUUGUCUCUCCCUUGUUUCCCUUCUUCUUCUUCUUUCUCUCCCUUUGUUAUGUCCUCUAAUUAUGAUCCAAUCUGUUCUUCCUCUUCUGGGUUUCUGUCCCCUUCUCCUUCUUCCUUCCGCCACCGCCGCCAGCAGCACCACCGUUAUCUCCGCCGCAGCCACCUCCACCACCACUGCCGGCAGCUCUCCCUCUUAGAUCGGAUCCCUUCACAUCAACCCAUGAGAAAUUGAAAGCCCCAACUUCACAAAUCUCUCUUUCCCUCUCUCAAAUCAAAUGCAUUAAAUUAAUCAAAAGUGAAAAGUUCCCUCCUUGCACCUCUUCGCCAUUAAUUAAACAUUUCAUUGUCAUCCCCGCCAUAAAUUUUCAACUGGGUUCCAAGAAGAAGGAGGAAAGGUUCCAGCUUUGAGCUGAAUUUCGGUUUUUGGUUUUUUUCCCCCUCUGGGUUUGUUGGAGAAAGAGAAAUGGGGAAUGUGACGUCGAACGUGGCGGCGAAAUUCGCCUUCUUCCCGCCGGACCCGCCGACGUACGACGUGCUGGAGGAGGAAGAAGGGAGGCUGGUGGUGCCAGGUGUCACGGCGGACAAGAACAUGGAUGUCCAUACGUUGGAUACCAAAGCUGGGAACAAGGUUGUGGCCAUGUUCUGGAAGCACCCUUUUGCCAGAUUCACCCUUCUCUAUUCCCAUGGCAACGCCGCCGACCUCGGCCAAAUGCAUGAGCUCUUCAUCGAGCUCAGGGCUCAUCUCCGAGUCAACAUCAUGUGCUAUGACUAUUCAGGGUAUGGAGCAUCUUCUGGAAAGCCAUCUGAGUUGAACACAUACUAUGACAUCGAGGCAGUGUACAACUGCUUGAAGGAUGAAUAUGGGGUGAAGCAAGAGGAACUGAUACUCUACGGACAGUCUGUUGGCAGCGGUCCGACGCUUCAUUUGGGUUCUCGGUUGCAUAACUUGAGAGGAAUCGUGCUUCACAGCGCGAUCCUUUCAGGUAUCCGGGUACUGUACCCUGUCAAGGUGACGCUUCCAUUCGACAUAUUCAAGAACAUAGACAAGAUUCGACAUGUCAGCUGUCCAGUUCUUGUCAUUCAUGGCACGAGCGACGAGAUUGUCGAUUGGUCUCACGGGAAGCGCCUUUGGGAGCUCGCAAAGGAAAAGUACGACCCUCUAUGGGUCAAGGGUGGCGGCCACUGCAACCUCGAGACAUACCCUGAGUUCAUCAAGCACUUGAGGAAGUUUGUCAACGCGAUGGAGAAGAUCGCCAUAACGAAGCCAACAAAGCAAGCCAGUGCUGAACCAGCUAUGGAGUCCAAGCAGAGCAAGUGCUUGAGAUUCGGGUUGAAAAGCCGCGUGGAGCAGCCAUCUUAGUGUUGGAUGGUGGAAGAAGAAGAAGAAGCAGCAGGAGGUUAGUUUCCAUUGCUAUGGGGUAAGCACCAGCCAAAAUCAAGAUUUGAUGCGGUUUUUUCCUGAAGUCCCAGCAAUUCACAUGGCCAUUGAAUUGAGAGAAGUGUUCAUGUGUAUAACCAUUUUUGUUGUGGGAAAGGAGAGCCAAUACAAGGUUGGUGUCUGGUGUUUGAGAAUUGAAUGUGGCUUGCUUGUUCUGUGAGGGAAAAGGAAUCCAAUAUAGGUGUUGAUUGAUCAUUUAGUUUUGUUGUGUAAUGUUAUGAAAGUUAGUUCUGUUGUUUUUUUUUGUUUUUGUUUGUUUGUUUGUAAAGAAAAGAAAGAUAACAAAAAAAUGGUAUCUUUUUACACUGCUUGGCUACCUAGCAACCAAGAUACAAAGUCGAACCUUGUCGAACCUUGUGGGAGUGAAAUGAAGGGUAAAGCGCCACCAAAAUGGGCCAUCUUAUCUUGUUUUUCUUGAAGUAAUAGUUUUGCUCUAUACUUCGAGAGGAAUUAAAAGGCGAUGUCGAAGGACUCCAGUAUCGCGAGACCUCGGUUACCGAUGUGUUAUCGAGUGGAACUUGAUUCUCAAUGUGUGGCCCAACUUCUCAUGACUUGGUCCAUCAGGACACACCCAUUGUUCGGCGGUUUCAUCAACUACUUGCCUACGAGUAGGCGAAGUGUGUUUCUCGUAUUUAUCGGAGUGCGUAAUAAGUGUAUACCUUUCUAGUCAAGGGCAUUGAUUGUCCUAUAGUUUACAGUGUGUGUCAACGUAUGAUUGGAUUUUGUAUCACUCUCAUAAGCUUUCCCAAAACUCAGUAUGAUUGGGAUUUGGGAACAACUCCGAGAUGUGUGAUUUUGGGCCUAUAAGAUAAUGAGCCUCGCAAAAGUCAAAAGUAUGUGAACUCUCUCUAUGUAAAUCGUAGAUUUAGUUGUUGGAUCCAUCGGAAAUUGGGCUCAAGCAUAUGAAGCUAAGAAAAAACGAGACUAGGCCAUAGCCCAAUCUUGUUAGAGUUGGACGAAGCCCAAAUGAAACCCCAGUUCUGGAUAUUCAUCUCUAUUCACAAAGGUCGCGAUGUAGUUGUACCUUUAAGGCUUUAACAAGGAUGUUGAUGUGACUUGAAUCGGACUAUCAGCCGCUACGACUGGUAAUCGAGGGUCCCACAUGGAGAAGUACUAUAAAUACUUCUCAUACUCCUCUGUAAUCUGUAAUCUCCUCGAUAUAGUGAAACUGGCUCUCUCUCGCCCGUGGACGUAGCUAACACACAUUGUGUUAGUGAACCACGUAAAUCGUGUGUCUGUGUUUUUUCGAUUCUCGCUUUCGUAUUCUUGCUUUAUCGAUUUCAACGAUUUCCCGAUCCGUAGCAGCGCGUUUAUAACAAAUGAGAACAUAGCUUAUUGUGUGGUUCUCUCUCCCAUGCUCUCUACAUGCCACGUGUUAGAUAGAUUUUUGAAAGCCUUUACAUCAACUAAAAACUGUUAAGUACCAUGUGUGUGGUUUUAGUGACAUUCAUCGUUAUAGGCUGUGGAGUUAUGUUUUCUUCUUAGAUGGUGGCAGUGCUGAAAAAAACCAGAUCAAAACAUGUGGAGACGAAGUUCUCACAUAACUCAACAUUCUAUAUGGGUGCUAUUUGCAAUUGCCUCCAAUUUAAUAAACAAAAUCCUUCUAUCGAUUUCUUAGUUGGGAUUUUUGAAGGCAACAUACUUUUAAAUUGACACAUGAUGAUACCACAACAAAACGUAACUUUCAAGAUGAUGAAUUCGAAGACUCUGAAAUUCAUGUUGAUCAUUCACUUUUUGUAAUAUUUGUUUUCUCAAACCCACUAAAUUAUAGGCUCGAACCUUUCGAGCGAUAAUGUCCGUGCUUGUUAAUUAGUAGGCUACUCCUGCUAAGCCAUCCUUUUUGUCAACCAUGGUGAAUGAAUUAGUUACGAUUCCUUGUAUAAGAUACCACUCAAGAAUAUACUCAUUAACCAAAC